AUGGCUGUCCAUAAACAAGACCCGAUUGUGUUGGUGAUUGAUUUCCACCAUGCACGCGGCCCCGAGAUUGAACAUUGCAUCGCCGACGAAGGAACCGACCCAGCAGUCGAAAAUGAUUGGUCCCUGCUACCAUUUAUGGCCCUUUCCGACGGAGCGCAUCUGUCGACUGAGGAAUUCUCGUACUUUACACUCUGCCGAAAGGAGUCGGAUGCUCUCCCAGCGACUUCGUUAUUUGGUAUUGCCUGUUCUCGUCAGCUUGACUCGAGCCUGCUCACCAACCGCCCUCCUGAUGUUACUCGGUCGACGGUACAAAAGGCUGUGGUGGUGGUUACGGAUACGCCUCAGCGGGUUGGCCAAUUGAGGGAGAAGCUGUCUGUUGUUACUUCUGCUUGGUUUGCGCAAUGUGAAUUCUCGGAUAUUGAUAUUCUGAAGAAAUUCCGCGAGGGAUUAGUGAUUAGUCUGUCGAAUGACGAUGGCCCGAAAGAUCAAAAUUUGGGACUUUCGCUUCGGGAGAUGAUUCAUGAAUUCAAAUAUCAGACAUUGGUUCUCUUCAAGGGACUGCUGUUGCAACCCAAGAUGCUUUUCUUUGGAACGCGUUGUGAACGCCUGUGCAUGAUACAAUUUUCUCUUAUAUCUUUAAUACCCGGCCUCAUCAAUAGUCUCCAGGACUGUGCGGAUCCGUCCUUUGAUACCUAUUCUCAGACUGUUGAGAAGCCUACGUCUCUCAAGACGAGUGACAGAAGUUCUUUGUUGGCAUACAUGGGUCUGCCGCUACAAAUUUUUGGAAAGGGAAGCAUGUUUGGCCCCUAUACACCUCUGCAGCUGCUAGAUCUGCUGGCGGAUGAUGGGACGAAAUCCUACGUGGUGGGCUCAACCAACUCGCUGCUCCUACAGCAAAAGGACCGCUACAGUGACAUUUUAAUCAACCUUGACGAAGACAGCAUCGUCAUCAACUCCCCUUCUCUGCGCUCUGCCCUUGCCCUUUCCGCAGCUGACAGACGCUGGAUUGACCUGCUUACACAAAUCGUCAAUGACACCUGGGAUGAGGAGCACCCUUCAAGACCCAAGACACUUGGCUUCAUGGGCUCCGAAGAGUUCAUUCGACUCCAAUUCGAAGAAUACCUGCUGGCCUUGUUAUCUUCGAUGAAAUACCACGAGGAGCUUUCCUCAUGCACUACCGGGGAAUCCAACCGCAGCAGAGCCCAACUACAGAACUUCAAUAUAGAAGGAGACCCAGCAAUCGACUUCAACAUGGAAUUCCUAACCCAAUGGCAAACAACGUCUAACUACGCCAUGUUCUCUCGCCUCACUUCCGACGCCCUCCUCUUCUCAAUCACCGAGCCCCGCCACCCAAGCGCCGGCGGUUUAACAAUGGACGACAUCCAACGCCGCCUCUCCCAACAAGUCGCAGACCUCCACCUAGACGAACGCGUCCGCGAAGGCCGCGAAGCCCUAAACCGCCACUUCUCAACCGGCCAAAAGAAAGUAACAGCCGCCUUUAACAGCUUCUGGUCCGAUAUCGAGUCAAUGCGCGAGGCCCAACGCAAACGCAACGAAGAAAAAGCCAUUCAAGCACAAGCCCAAUCCCAACGCACAUCCAUAGACAAAGAAACCCCCGCCUCUCCUACCCCCUCAACUUCAACUUCAACUGCAACAAUGGACCCCGACUCCCGCCCCCGCGCUUCAGUCGACAUGGCUCAAGCCCAAGCCUCCGUCAGCGCAGCAAGCCAAAGAGCAGGCGCGUACUUCAGCUCGUGGGGUUCAUGGGCGAGCGAAAAACGUCGCGAAUGGCAAGACAAGCGCAGCGCCUCUCCAAGCCCGAAUCCCGACGCAAACGCAAAUUCAAAUUCAAAUGCAACCCAGAGCCCAAACACAGCAGCGGGUAUAACCUCACCCUCCGCAUCAACAUUAUCCGUCGUAACCGAAAUCGCCGAAUCAGACCGUGACCGCGGCCGUCGCCGCUCAAUCCAACACAAAAGCGAAGGAAGCAUCGAUAGUACCACCGAAGGCGGUCUAACACGCAGCGUCAGCCGCAGGAAACGGUGGAGUAAUAUCCUCCUACGGCGCGACAGCGCCGAAUUACAGCGUAGGGAUGAGUCGUCCACGUCUGAGUCUGCUGAUGUGCCGUUCCCCAAGUCUCCCUUGUCACAGGGAUUCCCGGCUUAUGGGGAGGGAGCUGAGGAAAAGAAGGAGGAUCAGGAUCGGGAUCGGGGUGGUGAUCCCCAGAUCCAUACGCAGGAGAAGGUCGAGCGAGACACGGAUACGGUUGAUGCGGAUGGUUUCUCGUCCGUGGCUCUUACGCCUAAUGAGGGUCUUGGGUUGGGUAUGAAUCAGAGUCAGAGUCGGAAUCCGAAGGAGAAUAUGCCUCCUUCUGGUGGUGGACAAACGCGUGACGAAUCGUUCACUGCUCUUCCUGUUAAGGGGGAUGUGUAA